GGUAUAUAAAGACGAUUUAACUGAGUACUUACCUAUUGGCAUUUUGUAUCGGCCUUUAUAUACUUAUUAAGUAUAAUAUAUUAUUAACAUAAUGUAGUAAUUUUUCGUACAAUGAUAUAUAACUUGCAUUUUCAAAUCCAAAAUUUUAAGAAUAACCUACUAAAAUGAAAGGAAAUGAAAAGAAAUAUGUCAGUAACAAAUAAUUUAUUACCAAACAAUGAGUUUAGAGAUGCUUUUAGUUCUAUAAAUGAACGACCGGUGGACGAUAUAUCUUUGGAAUUUUUUUACAAACCGCAUACAAUUACACUUUUGGCAGUGUCUAUUGCAUCGGUUAUAUACACAGCCUUUGUCAGAGAUGAGUCAAGCAUUCAAGAUAACAUAUGGUCAGGAAUAUGCUGUGUAGUAUUUUUUUUUCUAAUUGUAUCUGUACUUGCAUUUCCAAAUGGACCAUUUACACGGCCACAUCCAGCUGUAUGGAGAAUCGUAUUUGGGAUGUCAGUUCUUUAUUUACUGGCUCUCUUAUUUUUGUUAUUCCAAAGCUACUCCACAGUGUAUGAGAUAAUGUACUGGAUUGAUCCUAAUCUUAGAAAUUUUCAUAUAGAUAUGGAUAAGGAGUACGCCGUAAAUUGCUCAGAUAUCAGUAUAGCCAAAGUGUGGUCUCAUGUGGAUGUAUUUGCAUGGGGGCAUUUCUUAGGGUGGAUGUUUAAGGCUUUACUAUUUAGGCAUGCCGGUUUAUUAUGGGCAAUAUCGAUAAUGUGGGAGAUAACUGAAAUAGCAUUUGCUCAUUUGCUUCCAAACUUCUUAGAAUGUUGGUGGGAUUCUAUUAUACUUGAUGUUCUCAUUUGUAACGGAUUGGGUAUAUGGUGUGGACUUAAAAUAUGUCAAGCACUUGAAAUGAGAGAAUAUAAAUGGGUUAGUAUAAGAGACAUAUCUUCUACAACAGGAAAGAUAAAAAGAGCCAUACUUCAAUUUACACCAGUACAAUGGAGUCCGGUACGGUGGCUCGAUCCAACUUGUACCUAUAUGAGGUUUUUUGCUCUGAGUCAAUUAGUGGUAUUUUGGCAAGUAUCGGAAUUAAAUACGUUUUUCCUGAAACAUAUAUUUGAAAUGCCGCCAUCACAUCCUCUAGUCAUUGCACGACUUUGUCUCGUUGGAGUUAUUGUUGCUCCAUCGGUCAGACAAUAUUAUAUAUAUGUAACGGAUCCCAAAUGCAAGAGGGUUGGUACUCAAUGUUGGGUAUAUGGUGCCAUAAUGGUUACCGAAUCAAUGUUAUGUAUAAAGAAUGGCAAAGAACUGUUUGGACAAGCUCAAGUGUGUAAUGUUAUUGUAUGGUUAAUUAUUCAAAUUUUAGUAUCAAUUGGCUGUGUUUACGGAGUGGUACUGUACCACAGAUAUUUUGAGCCAACCAAAGACUCGAAUACUGCUAGUCCUAAGAAAGAUGAUUAAAACCAUCCUUAGGGAUGAUUCAGAAUACUGAAAUGCGGUAAUAGUAUUGAUUGAUGAAUUCAUGAAUUCAUCACAAUGAGCCGACCUUCAUUCUUGCCUAUCACUGAUAUCUCGCCAGCGUACAGGCACCGAUAACACAAACGGGGUU